CCCUCCGGCCGGCGGGUCCAGCGCCCUUCGCACACACCCCCUCCGCCCCGCGCGCCCGCGGUUCCCAGCCCGCUACGCCUCUGCUCCAGCCCGCCGGGCGGGGCCGGGGGUCCCCGAUGGCUGCGGCGGGGCCUCAGAGGCCGAGCGUGUGAGCCGACAGGCGUCAUGGAGGCGGAGCAGCGGCCAGCGGCGGGGGCCGGCGACGGAGCGACCCCCGGGCUGGAGGCGGCUCCCCCGGCUGGCCCGGCGCCCGCGGCCUCGGGUCCGACCCCCGGGCCCGCGCCCGGGCCCGAGCCCAAGAGGAGGCAGCUCGGGACUCUGCUUCAGCCCACGGUCAACAAGUUCUCCCUGCGUGUGUUUGGCAGCCACAAGGCAGUGGAGAUCGAGCAGGAGAGGGUCAAGUCGGCGGGGAACUGGAUCAUCCACCCCUACAGCGACUUCCGGUUCUACUGGGACCUGAUCAUGCUCCUGCUGAUGGUGGGGAACCUGAUCGUGCUGCCAGUGGGCAUCACCUUCUUCAAGGAGGAGAACUCGCCACCCUGGAUCGUCUUCAACGUCCUCUCCGAUACCUUCUUCCUGCUGGACCUGGUGCUCAACUUCCGGACGGGCAUCGUGGUGGAGGAGGGCGCCGAGAUUCUGCUGGCCCCGCGCGCCAUCCGCACGCGCUACUUGCGCACCUGGUUCCUGGUGGACCUCAUCUCCUCCAUCCCGGUGGACUACAUCUUCCUGGUGGUGGAGCUGGAGCCCCGGCUGGACGCAGAGGUCUACAAAACCGCGCGGGCCCUGCGCAUCGUGCGAUUCACCAAGAUCCUCAGCCUGCUGCGGCUGCUCCGCCUCUCCCGCCUCAUCCGUUACAUCCACCAGUGGGAGGAGAUCUUCCACAUGACCUAUGAUCUCGCCAGCGCAGUGGUCCGCAUCGUCAACCUCAUCGGCAUGAUGCUACUACUGUGUCACUGGGAUGGCUGCCUGCAGUUCCUGGUCCCCAUGCUGCAGGACUUCCCUGCCGACUGCUGGGUCUCCAUCAACCACAUGGUGAACCACUCAUGGGGACGCCAGUACUCCCAUGCCCUGUUCAAAGCCAUGAGCCACAUGCUGUGCAUUGGCUAUGGACAGCAGGCACCCGUGGGCAUGCCUGAUGUCUGGCUCACCAUGCUCAGCAUGAUUGUGGGUGCAACGUGCUAUGCCAUGUUCAUUGGCCAUGCCACUGCCCUCAUCCAGUCACUGGACUCUUCCAGGCGUCAGUACCAGGAGAAGUACAAGCAAGUGGAGCAGUACAUGUCCUUCCACAAGCUACCAGCUGACACAAGGCAGCGCAUCCAUGAGUACUAUGAGCACCGCUACCAGGGCAAGAUGUUCGAUGAGGACAGCAUCCUAGGCGAGCUCAGCGAGCCACUGCGGGAGGAGAUCAUCAACUUCACCUGCCGGGGACUGGUGGCCCACAUGCCGUUGUUCGCACAUGCCGACCCGAGCUUUGUCACGGCUGUGCUCACCAAGCUGCGCUUUGAGGUCUUCCAGCCAGGCGACCUGGUGGUGCGUGAGGGCUCGGUCGGCAGGAAGAUGUACUUCAUCCAGCACGGCCUGCUCAGCGUGCUGGCGCGGGGCGCCCGGGACACCCGCCUCACCGAUGGCUCAUACUUUGGAGAGAUCUGCCUACUGACUCGUGGGCGGCGUACGGCCAGUGUGCGGGCUGACACCUACUGCCGCCUCUACUCGCUCAGUGUGGACCACUUCAACGCUGUGCUGGAGGAGUUCCCCAUGAUGCGUCGUGCCUUUGAGACUGUGGCCAUGGACCGGCUGCGCCGUAUUGGCAAGAAAAAUUCCCUGCUGCAGCGGAAGCGCUCGGAGCCCAGUCCAGGCAGCAGCGGGGGCAUCAUGGAGCAGCACCUGGUGCAGCAUGACAGGGACAUGGCAAGAGGGGUGCGAGGCCUGGCCCCAGGCACAGGUGCCCGGCUCAGUGGGAAGCCCGUGCUGUGGGAGCCCCUGGUGCAUGCACCCCUGCAGGCGGCUGCCGUGACCUCCAGUGUGGCCAUUGCCCUGACUCACCAGCGGGGCUCCCUGCCCCUGUCCCCCGACUCUCCAGCCGCCCUCCUGGCUCGCUCUGCUCGGCGCUCAGCGGGCUCCCCUGCCUCCCCGCUGGUGCCUGUCCGAGCUGGCCCUCUGAUGGCCCGGGGGCCCUGGGCCUCCACCUCCCGCCUGCCUGCCCCCCCUGUCCGAACCCUACAUGCUAGCCUGUCCCGGGCAGGGCGCUCCCAGGUGUCCCUAUUGGGCCCACCCCCUGGAGGAGGUCCAAGGCGACUGGGACCUCGGGGCCGCCCCCUCUCAGCCUCCCAGCCCUCCCUGCCUCAGCGGGCAGCGGGUGAUGGCUCCCCAGGCCGCAAGAGCUCAGGCAGUGAACGCCUGCCCCCCUCAGGGCUCCUGGCCAAGCUGCCAGGGACAGCCCUGUCCCCUAGGCCACCAGUGCCAGAACCAGCCACCCCCCGGGGCCCCCAGCUCUCUGCCAACAUGUGAAUCCCCUGGGUAGAUUCUAGGGGGCAGUAGUGUGUAUCCAAGGGCGAACACCUCUUGAGGGAGGCUCAGGGGACCCUGCAACACUGUCCUAUGGGAAAACCUCCCCUUACUGCCAAAAAGGGGGUCCCUGGCCUUAGCCUGCCUCACAGCCUCCUAACCAUUCUAGUCAUCAACCGUCCCGAGUGCUUCCCAUGUUCCAGGCACUAUAAGUCCCCACUGCCAAGUAGAAGUGAUUUCAAGCCCCCCCCCCCCAGCAAGGGGCCUCCCCCACCCCUGCUGCCAUGGGCCUGCAGGCCCAGGCCCAGGCUCCUACCGUUCUAAGCACAAGUACUUGCCACCAUCACUGCCAAGUAGCUAGGUGUGUGUUUUCUUGCCCAUGACCCUCUGGGUCAGUCUGGGAGCUUCCCUUCUCCAGGGUAGCCAGGCACUGCCAGUCACCUGUGUCUCUCCAUCUGGGGUCCCUGUUGUGUACCCUGCCUGUAGCCUGGGGGUGGGGACAUGUUGCCAGGCCCCCUAUUGUCCAUCACCGCUGGAUCUUUCUGUAAACUGGGGGCCACCUCCUUCCUGAAGUGCCCCAGUGGUGACCCCCUGGUAGCUAGAGGAAGGUUGGCAUCUCCUUGUGUAGCGUGCCAGCCUCAGUUCCCUGGGAGGAGGUCAAGUGACUGAGUCUUUAAGUGACAAUUUUAUCUUCCCUCCCUAUUUAUUCAAUCAUUUAAUAAUCAUAUUUAUUUAUUUAUUUGCUAUUUUUUGUAUGAUCAGUUCAUUUUAGCCACUUCUAUCCACUCUUCUCUCCUCCAGUGAGGAGCCAGGCAACAGCAGGCCCCCUGUGCCGGCCUGGGCCUUGCUCUCUCUGGUGGCAACAGCAGCACUGGGAGGGUGCCCUUUUCUGGGAGAGGCAAGGGACCAACUGUGAGGGGAGGGGACAAUUCUUGCUGUGAAGGUUGCUCUUUACAUUAGCUAUUGGCAACAGAGUAAAAGGCUGGCCAGGCACAC